UAUUAAUACCAGGCAUAACCGCAACUGAACUAAUCAGGCUAUCCAUUCUUUCACAAUGCCGGCCUAUCUUUUACUGCUGGCCUGCAAUGUAUUGCUCGUCCUGGGCGCCCAUGUCCAACGCGAGCUAGUGCUCACCUGGGAAGAGGGCGCUCCCAACGGCCAAUCUCGGCAGAUGAUCAAGACAAAUGGUCAAUUUCCAUCUCCGACGCUUAUAUUCGACGAGGGCGACGACGUUGAAAUUGUUGUUCGUAAUUACAUGCAUGAGAACACCACAAUCCACUGGCAUGGAAUUUUGAUGCAAGAUACGCCGUGGUCAGAUGGAGUUCCAGGUCUGAGUCAGAAGCCUAUAGAGCCUGGUGAGAGCUACGUCUAUCGCUUUACUGCCUACCCCCCUGGUCAAUACUGGUACCACUCUCAUUCUCGGGCUACUCUGCUGGAUGGCUUAUAUGGUGCAUUGUUCAUUCGCCGAAAGCCAGGCACCGCUGGACCCUGGGCAAUGAUCAGCGAAGAUCCCGAGGACAUUGCUGCCAUGGAGCGCGCAAGCAACAAUCCUCACAUCAUGAUGCUUUCUGACUGGGACUACUACAACUCGACCCAGUAUAAAGAAGCAGAUGCAAACAGCCGACUGCAGAUCUUUUGCGUCGAUAGUAUUCUUCUCAACGGCAAAGGGAGCGUCUAUUGUCCUGGCCAUCAAUGGCUUAUUGACAAGCAGAUCCCGUUCAUGCACAAGAGCUGGCCGAAUGACACUAUCACAGACAAAGGGUGCUUCCCAUUCGUACCAUCGACAGAAGGUCCGUGGCUCGCAGACGGGAACGUGUCCGCCAUCCCGCCCGGUCUCCAGGAAGGCUGUGUUCCCUACUCCGGUCCAACAGAGGCAAUCGAGGUUGACCCGGCAGACCGCUGGGCGAGUGUGAACUGGAUCGGAGGCUCGACAUUCAAGACCCUCCAGCCAACAAUCGAUGAGCACGAAAUGUGGAUCUAUGAAGUCGACGGCCAUUACAUCGAGCCUCGCCGGGCAGACACCUUCCUGAUUUGGGCCGGAGAGCGAUAUUCAGCCAUGAUCAGACUGGAUAAGAAGCCCAUGGACUACUCGAUCCGUGUCCCAGAUGGUGGAUAUUCCCAGAUGAUCGCAGCAUUCGGGAUCCUCCGAUACAAAAAUGGAGACCCCAACGCCCGUCAGAAACCAGACCGAUUUGGUGUCACGACUAUAUCUAAGCCCUAUUUCGAUUACAACGCUUGGCCGAUGCGAGAUGCUGUUUUCCUAGACAAGCUUGACCUGCCUCCUUGGCCGAGAAAAGUUCCAGCUGCCCACGGAGAUGAUAUGCAUGUGUUGUACUUGGGCAAGGCUAACUCCACUUGGGAAUUUACUCUGAGUGGGAAGAAAAAAUAUCCCCCAGACCGCUCAGCCUACGAACCCCUUCUUUACAACGUCAAUUCCGAGCAGGCCCAUGAUGACGAUUUGAUCAUCCGAACCCAGAACGGCACCUGGCAAGACAUCGUACUGCAGGUAGGUCAUUCACCAUUAUGGCCAGUCGACUUCCCGCACGCGGUCCAUAAACACGCGAACAAAUACUGGCGGAUUGGAGGGGGGCAAGGCCUGUGGAACUAUUCCUCGGUAGAAGAAGCAAUGGCCGACCAGCCCGAAAGCUUUAACAUGGUGAAUCCCCCAUACCGAGACACGUUCCUGACAGAGUUCACGGGAGCGAUGUGGGUUGUGCUGCGGUACCAGGUUACGUCGCCAGGCGCGUGGCUGUUACACUGCCAUUUCGAGAUGCAUCUGGAUAAUGGAAUGGCAAUGGCUAUCCUAGACGGUGUAGAUAAGUGGCCCCACGUUCCGCCGGAGUAUACGCAGGGUUUCCAUGGGUUUCGGGAACACGAACUGCCAGGCCCAGCGGGGUUUUGGGGUCUUGUAUCGAAGAUUCUGCGGCCGGAGAGUUUGGUAUGGGCGGGAGGAGCUGCGGUUGUUCUACUGUCGCUUUUCAUUGGGGGUCUGUGGCGUCUGUGGCAACGAAGGAUGCAAGGAACAUAUUAUGUUUUGUCCCAAGAAGAUGAGAGGGAUCGUUUCUCAAUGGACAAGGAAGCAUGGAAGUCCGAGGAGACUAAGCGGAUGUAAGCACUUUCAUAGUUCAUAACAUACGCCUCCACCAAUAACGACAUUGAAUAUAUCAACUAGCAUGAAAGGUUGAGUGGAUUGCCAUGGAGCAGAUUAAGGUAGGAUGCAAGAAGCCACGGUACAAAAUGGUGUCUAGUUUACUUACACAUAGAAUGUGAGAAAAUGACGCCGAAAACGACGACCACGGAGGCUAUUUACCGCGUCAUUUGAAUCGUGUAUUUAGAUCCUCUAGUUCCCUCCUCGUAAUAACUAUUAAUUAAAAUUCAUUUUGACUAUAAGAAAAAUAGCUAUCCGCAGCUUCUAUAGUAUAUAGAGCCUUAUAUAGAGAGCCUUAUAGAAUUAGCAC